AUGAUGUUUUGCUGUGGAAAGCAACUCCCUUUGCUUUGUCUUAUAUCUGUAUGUUUUUAGUUUUAUUGCUCAGAGUUUAAUUUUGCUUCAUUUUGGUUUUUGGAGGAAACUAAACAUGAGGAUUCAGUUAUCAACCCUUCACUGCUAAUGAGUUCAUGAUAUCAAGAGAAAUAAAUUAGAAACUCGUGCCUAUCAUCAGACUGUGAUAUAUUUUGGUUACAAAACUGACCUGUUUUUCUUCAAAUGAUUAUUUUGCUGAUAAAUACAACAGAUGUGCUGAUAUUUGUGAGAAGAAUACAGUGUGAUCACAUUCUCUUCUGUGGUCGCUGUAUGUUUAGUGUCUCUCAUUAAAUAUGACCGAACACAUUCAACAACAAAACGUUUUUUUUUUUAAAUAUAAGUAAAUCUUUGGGAUUUGGUUUGAAUGGAUUGCUGUAUUAUCAGAGGGACAUGUAAAUGAGAUUGUGUGAAGCAUCUGUGAAAUAUAAAGUGGCCAAACUCUGUCCAAAACAUUUCUUAUGUUUAAUUCACAGAUGAGUGGAACAUAUUUAUGUUUAUGCUGUUGAUCAUCACCAAAACAAACCAUCAAACAGAGAAUACUCAAGUCAAGCUUUUUCGAGGUUUCUUCUAAGUCAUCGUUGUUCUUAGAUUCAGAAUCAGUGACACUAUUGAGCUGAAAAGCCAUCUUGUGCUCUGUGGCCAUUUUGUCUAUAUUAAUAGCCCAUAUCUAUAUCAGAUUUGGAAGACAUAGUGCCAUUGGAAGACAUAGGAGCCCUGGGGGAACAUGUUAAACACACACACACAAAAAAAACCCGGUACAUUCACACGGGGCGGCCGUAGUGAAAACAGCCAAUCACAUCUGGUAUUGCAUGAUCGCGGGCUAUCAUCUGAACCAGGGUAUUUGCAUAAGGUGAUCUGAUUGGAUGCUAACCGCUACACCUCUCCAAAGACUGCACAACAAUAAACGUCACCGCUCUGAGCGCUUGAUACAGGUCUUUCAAUACCUGGCGUGCGUAUCUAUUUUGACACAUUCAUUGCCGGAUAGAUCACGUAGCCGCUAGACUUUUUUAUUAUUAUUAAAUCAAGGGACAAGUCGAGCAGAACUCAUUAAAAUGCGUCGCUUCUUCCUGCUCAUCAUAACCUGUCUUGCCAUCGCCGGUGCUGUGAGUGACAGGGAGAGAGUGGAGGUAAACAUUGGAGAAAAUGUCACCCUAAACGUCGAAAUACCGGGGAAUGUGAGCCGAGUGACAUUAAUGUUACAAAAAAAGUGCGAAAACAGGACAGAAGAGCCCAUUAUCCGCUACUGUUCCCCUGAGGAGGAGAAGCGUGGCUGCACCGUCAAGAAAUCCGACAGAUUCAGGUUUGACACGGAGAGUUCGUCAGUAACCUUCGCUGAUGCCCGAACCAGUGAUGAGGGAUGUUACAUUGUCUCUUAUAUCGACGUCGAUAACUUACUGAAGGAGAAAUUCUUCGAAGUCACGGUCAACGAGACUCCGUGGACAAUCAGACUAGAAUAUCUGAACAUAAUUGCUGUGGGCAUCGCAUUGUUGACUGCAGUUUUGGUCAUCAUUUAUGUCAUCAACCACAUCAUCAACUGCCAAAAGAAGAAGCAGAAUAACACCGAGCAUCCCGAGGAGAUCAUUUCUCUCAGCUCAGCCAGCAGAGCCCUGAAAAACACUUUUUCCCCCUACAAUCAGCAAGUAAACCAACCACAGAUGAAUCCUUGGAGAUGGUGGAUGUGAUAAAGAGUUCGGUGGACAAUAACAAGCGUUCAAAAAAGGACCUGAACCAUGGAGCCUAAAAAGGAUGAUGAC